AUGGUGCUGAACGAUCGGGGCCCAUGCCAGGCGCUGGCAGCAGCUUUAUACCCCUUUCUGGCAGAUAAGAGUCCCUUGGGCUUCAGUCCUGACUCUGCAUUCACUUGGCCGGAUCCUCUGCAGCCUCCACAUCCAUCGGUCUCCGGAGUUGAGCACCCAACUGACUUACAUCAGUCCUUAGCCUCAGGGAAGAGUGAAGAUGUUACCAAGAUAAAACGUCUCCGUCUCCCGUCUCGUCAAAAGUUCAGACAUUUCCAGUACUUGGGAGUGUCUGGGCCUCAUGAAGCCCUGAGCCAACUCUGGGAGCUCUGUCUUCAGUGGCUGAGACCAGAGGUUCAUACUAAGAAGCAGAUCCUAGAACUGUUGGUGCUGGAGCAAUUCCUGACAAUUCUCCCUGAAGAGGUCAGGACUUGGGUGAAUUUACAUCAUCCAAAGAACAGCAAAGAAGUGGUGACCCUCAUAGAAGAUGUAAUGGAAGACAAAGAGAAGCCGGGUAGGGCAGGGAAGAGGCAGCCGCAGGCAAAAGCCUGCAUGCACUUCCUGGAGACAAGCCUGGAAGCCAAGAACGCCUGUGUCCUGCUGUCGCAGAGCCGGCUGCUUGAGGAGCCCGAGCUGACCCAGCGCUGCUGGGAGGUCAUUGACGUGCAGGGGGAGAUGGCCCUGUGGUCCGAGGGCUUCUGCGAGAUCGACUGGCAGACCCUGGAGGUCAUCGACACGGAGGCCCUCAACACCAAGGAGGCGGUGGUCUUCGAGGCCGUGCUCAACUGGGCUGAGGCCGAGUGCAAGCGGCAGGGCCUGCCCACCACCCCGCACAACAAGAGGCACGUCCUGGGGCCGGCCCUCUACCUGGUCCGCAUUCCGACCAUGACCCUGGAAGAGUUUGCCAACGGUGCUGCCCAGUCGUACAUCCUGACGCUGGAGGAGACCCACAACAUCUUCCUGUGGUACACGGCGGCCAACAAGCCCCCGCUCGACUUCCCGCUGACCAAGAGGGGAGGCCUGGCCCCGCAGAGGUGCCACCGCUUCCAGUCCUCGGCCUACCGCAGCAACCAGUGGCACUACUGGGGGCACUGCGACAGCAUCCAGUUUGCGGUGGACAGGAGGGUUUUUGUGGCAGGGCUGGGCCUGUACAGGUCCAGCUCCAGGAAAGCCGAGUACAGUGUGAAGAUCGAGCUCACGCGCCUGGGGGUGGUCCUCGCCCAGAACCUGACCAGGUUCAUGUCCAAUGGCUCCAGCACCCUGUUCGAGCACCCGGUGCAGGUGGAGCAGGACACCUUCUACACAGCCAGCGCCGUGCUGGACGGCAGCGAGCUCAGCUACUUCGGGCAGGAGGGCCUGACGGAGGUGCAGUGAGGAAAGGUGCCCUUCCAGUUCCAGUGCUCCUCCGACAGCACCAACGGCACCGGGGUGCAGGGCGGGCAGAUCCCCGAGCUCAUCUUCUACGCCUGAGGCCUUGGGCGUGGGGGCGCUCGGGGGACGGAGGGCCUCACCCUUUCUCCUCGGCAGGACAGGCUUCAGGACUCCUAACCUUUUGUGCACAGCUGGCUGUAGCCAGAGGUAUAAAUGAGACGUUUCUACACGGCCA